AUGGAGAUCGCUCCGACUACCUGCUACGAAAACCUGAAGAGGUACUGGAGGAGGAGAAGGUACCAGAGACUGAACGGUGACAACAAGAAGAAGAUGAGGGUCGUAAGGCUCGGUGGUGGACCUAAUGGGAUGAGCACUAGCCCUACUCGGCGGUCUUGGAGGGUCAGAACCACAGCAAAGCUCAGACUGAUCAAGUAUGUUACACCGAUGAACCUCUUGGCCAAGCUCCACGGUGCUUAUGUUGAUAUGAUGGUUCGGACGGCCGGCAACGUUGGCGGUGCUAGGAGGAUUGCAGGAGGGUCAAAGAAAGUGGCGAAAAUGCAGGAUCAGAUUUCCAUGGCAGCUUCCGAAGAAGCUGUUGAUACUAGAUUGGUUUUGGAGAUUUACAAGAGGUUGGCAGCUUCUCGCCAAUUAGCAGAUGCGUAUUGA